AUGGAAAUCAACAAGGCUGCCACUCCUCGGCCGUGCAACAUACAACUGGCCAUGGGAUUAUCCAACGAGGAUUUCGCCAGGCAUGCGGCCAUGGCCUUUUUCCCACAACAUGAUAGCCCCGCAACCACAUGCCCGGCUUCCUACGCUGUGGAUGACUGCGGCAUAACAUCACCAAUUACCAAGGCCGAGCUCAUCGCUGCAAUCGAGGCAACUAAGAAGAAAUCCGCCCCGGGACAUGAUGGUAUUACUUAUGAAGUGUUCAAGAACCUUGAGGGGCCGGCGGUGGACAACCUCUUAGGGGUCCUAAAUGAACUGGUGGGUGCAGAGGACGGCCUACAUCGACUGGCCCAAGACAUCACAAAGGUGCCGGGACGCAUCCAAUGGAUCCGCAGUAUUGUGGCAACCGACAUCUCGAAGGCGUACGAUAAUAUUCAUCAUGCCGCCAUCUUAGAUGCUAUGGUCAACUUACAGUUCCCACAUGGGAUUAUUAAGGCCAUCCACAACUUCUUGACCAACCGCACCUUCUCGGUGCGAGUGGCAGGGGAAAAUUCUGUUCCCUUUACCGCUAACAGUGGGGUGACCCAAGGCUCUGCCCUCGCGCCCAUUCUCUUUAAUAUUGCAUUCAUCCAACUCGCAUGGAAAUUGGCACAGCACAAACAGCUCAAGUUCCUAAUCUACGCUGACGAUGUGACGCUCUGGGCCACCCAUCUGGACCACACUCAACAUCAAGAUAUACUUCAACGAGGGCUGGACACUAUCCACCAGUACACCCAAGCCAUUGGCCUGGAAUUAUCGCCAUCUAAAUCUUGCUACAUGCGCGUCUGCAAUAAUGCUGCCCGCAAGAAGCUAGGGACAGACGACCUCGAUCUGAAGGUGGGUCAACAAACACUCCCCAAAGUUGAAACUAUGAGAAUUCUCGGACUCCAAAUCUACAAGACCGGCAGUGCCAAAGAGUGGCUCGUAUCCAUAAAUAAAUCAGCCCACUCUAUGCUCCACCUUAUCAAACGCAUCUCCCAGAGACGUGGAGGUGCUUGUUCUGCGAUUGCCACGUGCCUCGUGAAGGUCAUUUUACAGCCUAGGAUAAUCUACCAAGCACAAUUUCAGAACCUGACAGAGACGCAAUGGAACUCGCUGGAAACUGUCAACCGGGCAGCGAUGCGCAGCAUUACCGGCCUCCCGAUGCAUACGCCUAUUAAGCUGUUAAAGGAGCAUGCUCACCUGAAUACACUACGACAAUUAUGUGAUCAACGCACACAAGCCCGGGUUGCCAAACAUCAACUGUACGCUUCAGAAUGUCAUAAGGAAACGUCAUACAUUGAGAAGAUACAGCAGCUCCCCCCUGGAGUUUCUCCUGCCUUACCACCAAUAAGACCUCCCGCCGUAAGUCGCACUCAUCCCCACCUUGACGACCAGAAGAAGUUUGCUACAUCGGACGCAUCUCCUUUGCUGCUUGAGCUACAAGCCAUCUAUAAAGCCCUUCUCGCAGCCUCCAAAGAUCACUCCAUUGAUCAAGUGACCAUCUUCACUGACUCCGCUCAGGCCAUUAGGCACCUGAAACAGACCAAACAAGCCAUGAACAUUGUUCAAAAGAUCCAUCGUUUACGACACCAUUUCGCGGGCAUGGUCGUCAUCGACUGGGUGCAGGGCCACGGCCCUGCAGAGGGCAACAUAGCGGCUCAUGAGGCGGCCAAACGGGCAGCCCAAUCAGAGGACCUGCAGAGCCACACCCUCCCCAUGGACAUCGUGGCGACACUUCUGGUCACUAAGACCAGGAUCCGGGCAAGCACGCGAGCUCUCAUACCACCGUGCACCGCCCGGGUUCCCCCUGGUCUGUUCCGGCUCCAGGAGGUGUUGCUCCGGCGCAUUCGCACUGGAUGCGCUAUCACACCGGCAGUCCUCUCAUCCUGGCGAGGGGACCACAGCCGCACCCCUCCCGCCUGCCCCCACUGCCCCGCUCCGGCGGACCAGGUGGAUGUUCGCCAUCUCAUCUGGACCUGCCCGGGGAUACGGGCGGAUCGGGAGCACUACGUCCUCCAGGCGGGGAUACGGUGGGACGAUCCGGAGGCCUACAAGACCUGGACGACCAACAACGCCUGCGCUCGAAGCCUUCUAGACUUCGUCCAUACCGCCGGCCUCCCCGCUUUCCUUUAA